AGGAGGCGGACCGCAGAAGCAUUUAUAAAAGUCGUUUCCCCCAUCGUCAGAAAUCAAUCGCGUUUCCCUUUCUCUUCCGUUUCCGUUUCCGCUUCCGCUUCAAUCGAAUUCGAUUCGUCGCCGUCGUCACCUCCGUCUCUUUCGCUCUCUCUAACUGGUCCUAUCAGGGUUUCAAAGAUGGCGUCCAAGCGGAUCUUGAAGGAACUCAAAGAUCUGCAGAAGGAUCCUCCUACGUCCUGCAGCGCCGGUCCCGUUGCAGAAGACAUGUUCCACUGGCAGGCAACAAUAAUGGGUCCUGCAGAUAGUCCAUAUGCUGGUGGUGUUUUCCUAGUUACUAUUCAUUUUCCUCCAGAUUAUCCCUUUAAACCACCAAAGGUGGCAUUUAGAACGAAAGUAUUCCACCCAAACAUAAACAGCAACGGAAGCAUUUGCCUUGACAUCUUGAAGGAGCAGUGGAGUCCUGCUCUAACUAUUUCCAAGGUGUUGCUUUCCAUCUGUUCUCUGUUGACGGACCCAAACCCCGAUGAUCCACUGGUGCCGGAGAUUGCUCACAUGUACAAGACAGACAGGAAUAAAUACGAGACGACAGCCAGGAGCUGGACCCAGAAAUAUGCCAUGGGCUAAAAGAGCGUGUGGUAUGUGCCAUAGGAAGGCUCCUUUUAUCGUUCUCGUUGUUUUAGUUUGUGUAAUGUCUUGAAUCCUAAGAAAAAUGGACCAAAAUGAAUAUUCCAUAACUUGUCCUCCCGAGUGAAAAAAAUUGAAAAAAGCCAACACAUGUUGCUUUGAUUAAUUGUUUGUAUGGAUAAUGUGAUCUUUCGUUAUUUGUAUUUUUUAGAUAAAAUUGGGCCUUUGGAAAUUGAUAAGAAAUUAAAAAGCCCGAAUAAUUCGUAUUGGGCUUGGGCUUAAGCAAAAUUGAA